AUGAUCGUAUACGCCUUCCCCUCCAUCUCGCACGAGGAAAUGGGAAGGGAACAUGAGUACAUCAAUGCGUUGGCCGAUCACCAUGGUCAAGCGACCAUGUAUGAGAUUGGCUUCCUUUGGGUCGCGCCCGAGAUGGCCGUUCUUCUCGCCCAAGACUACGAUAUGCAGAAUAUUGUUGCCGCCAUAAUCUCCCCACUUACAUGUUGGAGGAUAAUGCCUCAUCAAACGUUCUCGGUUAUCAUCUUUUGGGACGAAGAAGAAAAUCUUAGGGCCUAUAUCCCCGACCCCCAAAGCAUGAACGGCGACGACCCGGGUUAUAUCGAGGCAACAAACCUUUCGGAAGUAUUCCCGACUUGCAAACAAACUCUUAGCAGCGCAUCCCAACAGGAAAGGAACCUAGGGACCACGUUGUUCGGCUAUCAAAAUGCGUCUGCAGGAGCCGAUGACCGAGCCAAUAUUGGUGCCGACGAUUUUUUCACUGAUGGCCACCACAUGAAGAGAGUACAGAGCUUCUUCAGCACCAUACGACGACCGCAUCAGAGGCGAGUCAAGAUUGCUGUCCUUGACACUGGUCUUGAUAUCAACCAUCCACUCCUGCAGAAAUUCGUUCGAAGCAAACAAAUAGGAGAGGAGCUCGGCCGUGACUUUACAAUGCAUCCCCUUGGUGAACCGGAUUUGAAAGACAACACCGGCCAUGGGACAGCCUGCACCCAUUUACUCCUCAAGACUUGCCCUACGGCGGUUGUUUACACCGCAAAGAUAUCAAAUCAAUCAACAUUUGAUGAAAAGACAGCAGAAAGAAUUUCCGAGGCAAUUCAAACCGCCAUUACAGAGUGGGAAGUUGACAUUAUAUCAAUGUCCCUCUCUUAUGAAUUCGAGGUAGAAAUCAUCGAUGAAGCUCUUAAGAAUCGUCAGAGGGAUAAAAAGAGACCGGUAUUAUUCUUUGCCGCUUCAGGCAACUUUGGUAAAGAUAAAGGUGAACACUCGGCUGGGUUUCCAGCCCGCCAUGAAAACGUGAUUUGCGCAAGUUCGUCCACAUAUGAAGGAAACAAAUCAGAUUUCAACCAGGGACCUGAUGAUAUGAAUAGAUGGAAGAACUUCAGUAUUAUUGGAGAGAAUCUCUGCGUUGCUUUCUCCGCCGAAUUAAAUCGCGGAAACUAUGAGAAGCGUGUGAGUGGCACAUCAAUGGCAACGCCCAUCAUGGCUGGCAUAGCUGCUUUGGUGCUUGAAUUUUGCAACAUUUGGAAAGAACGCGGUGGGAGACCUACGUUGGAAAAGGCUGCCACAAUGCAGGGGAUGCUGCAAAUAUUCCGUGGGUGUAUGCUAUCAAAUAGCAAUUCCUCAUCUCAGCAGGGUCACCUCAAUCUUGUUCCGUGGUAUCUCUUUGAUGGCAGUUCAUACACACGCGAUUAUGCAUCAGUAGGGAACCACAUUGCGGAGGCGCUGCGGCGUCUUUGA